UCAGCUUCCUUGUAGCUAUAGGAGUUCUCGAUACCUUCUUCGUUGCUCUCUACGUAGUUGUUGGUUUGGUGGAUCUCAUCGACUCAUUAACACUUUUCUUCUUUAUGAUGGCGAAGUCUUCCUCUGCUGUUUCUACUCAACUGCUGCUUCUCCUGUGCUGUUCUCUUCUCUCUUUCGAGCUCGCCAUCGCCGCUGGCACUGCCGAUGGAUCUGAGAAUUGGGGUUACGUCGAAGUCCGACCGAAGGCGCGCAUGUUCUGGUGGCACUACCGGAGCCCGCAAAGAGUCGACGGUGGCUCCACUCCGUGGCCGACAGUGCUGUGGUUGCAGGGUGGACCUGGAGGCUCUGGUGUGGCGAUUGGCAAUUUCCAAGAGAUCGGGCCAUUGGACACGGGUUUGAAGCCUCGGAAUUCGACAUGGCUGCACAAGGCAGACCUUCUGUUUGUCGACAAUCCGGUAGGAACAGGAUUCAGCUAUGUGGAGGACGAGAGCCUCCUCGUGAAGACCGAUGUGGAGGCAGCAGUCGACUUGACUACCCUUCUCAAGAAGCUCUACGGCCAGAACAAGUCAUGGCAGAAGAGCCCACUCUUCAUCGUGGCAGAGUCUUAUGGAGGGAAGUUUGCGGCGACCGUCGGCUUGUCGAUCCACAAAGCCAUUAAAGCCGGCGAAUUGAAGCUCAAGCUUGGAGGUGUUGCUUUGGCUGAUAGCUGGAUGUCACCAGAAGAUUAUGUGUUCUCCUGGGGACCUCUGCUUCGAGAUGUCUCAAGGCUUGACGUUAAAGAUGCAGAGAAAUCAAACGUUAUUGCUGAAAGGAUCAGACAAGAGAUUAAGGAAGGUCGAAAUGUUGAAGCGACGAACUCAUGGAGACAGCUGGAGGGCUUCAUCAGUUCUGCCAGUAAUGAUGUUGAUUUCUAUAAUUUCUUAUUGGAUACGGCGAGUGAUCCACUGUUGAAGACGGAGGUCCAGGAAUCAAGGAAGCUGACAAUGGAGACAUAUGCAACAUAUCUGAGCUCCAAGGCUGCCACCUCCGCUGUUGAUACUUCAAGCUUCAUGAAUGGUGUCAUCAGAGAAAAGCUGAAGAUAAUUCCAAGAAGUGUGAGCUGGGGAGGACAGUCCGGUCUCGUGUUUGAUUCUCUUUCGAAUGAUUUCAUGAAGCCAAGAAUCAAGGAGGUUGAUGAGCUUCUUUCCCUGGGAAUCAAUGUCACCAUCUACAAUGGACAAUAAGCUGAAUUCAAGAUGUGGUGAGUCGAGGAUGAACAGUAGAUGCAAAUUAGAGCAAGCAACACAAGAUUUAGCAAAUUAGACAAUGUGAUAUAAACAACAUAGAAUAGAAGGAUAAGGUGGAAGACAACCUCUGUUGGCCCCAGUUUCUGUAUUGAAGGAAAGUUUCCGAGGAUAUCUAUCUACAACAUCUCAAGGUACUUGCUUCAUGAUAAGAUCUGAAGCUAGGACUCUUAAAAACUGUAGACACAUUUAUGGAAACUGGUAAAAGGUGCUGUUUCAGUAAUUGCUUAUGGAUCGAUCGUCAGUGACAUUAGCGGGAAGAGAUGCACUUGUGUUGCAGUUUUUCUGAGAGAGACAGAAUAUGAACUGGGAUAUGAUAGAAGAAAGACAAUGUUUUUUAGUUCAUCGAUGAGUGUUGUUCUCUAAAUGCUCUGAUCCUCCUUCUGCCAAGAUUGUUGUCAGAUUAGACCUUCUGCAAAGUUGGCAAAAGGUUUUGACCCUGCAGUAAUACUGGAGCAACAAUAAUUCCAGUGGGCCACAAACUGGAUUUUAUGUAUUGAAAUUAAUGAGUUGAUCUUAGGAGAGAACAUGGCAAUGGUUUUUUGUCCAGUUGCACAACAUGUCGGUGCUAUGAAGAUGAUCCGUUGUGGAAUCUGAUUAUGAAUUUACUAAUAUCUCAAUCUGGAUUCCCACGCAUGGAAUUUCUAGAGGAAGAGAGGUGUCAAUUAUUAGGCUCAAGUCAGUUUGACAUUAGUUUUAUGGUACACCCACAGUCACUUCACAUGUCAAAGAAUUUGAGGUGAUUCCUCUCUCUCUCUCUCUCUCUCUCUCUCUUGAUUUUUUUGUUAGCUUUUAGCUAUGAUUGCUGGAAUGUGUUUCCCUGCGUAAACAACUGUUAUCAUCAUCACCUUUUGAUAUGAAAAAUAAUCUGUAGUUCUUGUCAAAAUAAUAUUUACUUAACAAAGGCAGGAAUCUUUUCUUGUAACUGAUUCAUGCUGAGUUCU